AUGGACAUCACAAAGGACCAUGUGAUGUCAAGAUGCAAGACGUUCGACAAGCACUGCAAUGUACUUGGCAGAAUACUCGCUCAUGAUGGAUUUGAGUGGGAUCAGGAUAGGAACAAGCUUGUGAUUCACAAUGAGGAUGCUUGGAGCAGAUACAUAGAGGUGGGGCAAAUGCAUUCGCUUUUGUUAAUUUGUACUGAAAUGUGUUUGGGCUUAUGGUUCAGUUUGAUGGUUAUUUUGCAGAAAAACAAAGCUGCUGCUUGCUAUCAGCAUAAAGUUAUCAAGAACUGGGGUGCAAUAAGCCUAAUGUUCUCCAGAGAUCCUUCUGCCACAAGUGAAGAUGUCAGUGCAGGUGCAGGUGCUGAGAAUGGCCAAGAGUUGGAAAUGAAGGGUGCCGAAGAUGUCCAGGACCAUACUCCAAGUUCACCUUCAACAUCUGGACCUAGCAGUCAAUACCGUCCUGGGCCACCCUUAAUGACCCAAUCAAACAAACAAGGCAGGAGGAAGAGGCUCAGAACAAAUGAUGCUUUUUUUUACAUGUCUGGUGACAUCAAAAAUUCGUUUCAAAUAUCUAUGAAGUCAAAUGAGACUCUAGAUGAGCCAAACAGUGCAUCCCCUAAGGAAAUCUCUGCAACACUACAAGCAAUACCCAGCCUAGCACGUGAUGACUUGCUAAGGGCCUAUCGUAUCCUCACAAGCAGUGAUCGUAAGUUUGAAUGUCUUACAGCACUUCCAAUGGACAUGAGGAAGGAUUGGUUGUUGAUGGAGAUUGGGAAGAAGUGA